AUGGAGCAGGGUCGGGACGGCGGUGUAGGACCCUCGGACCGUGAGGCCAAGACGCAUCGUGUGCCGGCCUUGGUAUGGGAGAACGACGGACCGUCGCGACAUCAACGAGAUGUCGACUUUGAGGUUCUAGACGCGGACUUUGCGUCGGCCAUUGCACGAAUGCCCGUGCAAGGUCAGCAUCACAACACGACCAUGACUUCUGGUGUGCAACGGCCGUUGACGGAUCCACUGGUGAAUGACCUCGAUCACAACUCACGCUACUAUCUGUAUCACUUUGCCACCCAGCUGUGCGAAGUCAUGGUCGUGUAUGAUGUGCCUGGACAAAACCCCAUUCGGGAGCUUAUACCGGCAACAUCCACGUAUCCGCUGCUAUUGCAGAUCAUUGUGGCAAACUCCGCGUUUCACGUUUUCAACAUUACCCGCAAUCCAAUGGGUCACUCACCCUACCAGGGAGAACAGAGUCCAAGUGUGACAGCAUAUCACCAAGCUGUCAGUCGUUUCGGGGGGCCGCCGGCUACGUGCUAUAGAGAUGCACUCGUGGCAAAGCAGCAAGCUCUUUCGCUCCUUGCAAAGAGCGUGGCAUCUGUGAAUACUUCAAACAUUGACUUGAUACUCAUGACAAUCUUGCUGUUUGUCAACUAUGCUCUGGUAGAAUCCGGACGAGAUAAGUGGAAGGUUCACAUGGAUGGUGCGGUGAAUCUCAUCAAGCUGUUGGGUGACCCGCCGUAUUUGCAACAGCCUAUGAGCAGGCUUCGCCAGACGAUACUUUCUGACCUUUUAGUAUUCUACAUUCUCGGCUCGACAUUCAGCUUCACCACACUACCUGCGUUGAUCCCUGACACUAUCGAACUGGAACCCAUACUUCGUUAUGCGGAGACAAACAACUACCUCUCGUGUCCUGGACCACUACUACGUAUCAUGCUCGAAUCUUUUGCAUUACCCGAUACACAGGGAUCGCCGUCGUCCGCGCCUAUCAAUAUCGACGAGCAAGUGGCUGUGCUGCUCCAACGGGCGCUGGACUUUCAACCCGAGCACUGGUCUCGCGAAUUUCAACGCGCAGCACCGUUCGAUAACAUUGACCAACGCUUCCGCAUAGCCUCUGCACACCGUUCGGCAGUUUGCAUCUAUCUCGCACGCGUACUACCCUCGACAAACCCUCUUCUCGAUCCAGCAAGCGGUAGUGCACUAGUCAGCCUCACCGGUUUAGCAAAUGACGUUGUUGAACAUAUAUCGUACCUCAAGCCUGGCGAUGCUCUCUUCAAAUCAAUCUGCUGGCCGCUGUUCCUUGCUGGCGCCGAGUCUGAGGAUCCUCACCAGCGCGAAUGGAUCAUGAACACGCUUGGCGAACUCUAUGGACAGAUGUUCUGGGGCUACCUGCAUACAUCUAAGCGCGUACUGGAAGAAAUAUGGAGACUCAAAGACGAGGCUGGGGUUGGCGCACCUAACUGUUGGGUCGAAGAGGUCAAAGACUUUGGGAACGAGAUUCUAAUUGCUUGA